AUCCCUGGACGCUCUUGGCAGCUUAUGUCCAGAGCAAGUGCGGCGUGUGCCCGGCGAUGUCCAGAGCAUUGCAGACGCUGAGGGAGGGCGCGAGGUGAAUGUGACAGAGCUUCGUGCUCGAGACCGGAUCUUUGUCCGUGCCGGCGAGGUGAUUCCCGUGGACGGCCGCAUUCUAGAUGGCUACUCACAGCUUGGCUUGAGCCACUUGACUGGGGAGCCGGCUCCGCAGGAGGUGUCUCCGGGAGAUGCCGUGACGUCUGGCGCGGUGAACAUUGAUGGCGCGAUGCUCAUCGAGGUUCAGCGAGAAGCCGGAGAGUCCACGCUGCAGCGCCUUGCAAAGCUCACUUCGGGCGCCAAGGCCAGUCGGCCCAAGCUGGUGACCUUGGUGGAUGCUAUUGCCGACCGUUGGUCCUUUGCGGUGGUGGUGAGCACUCUGAUCAUCGGAGCAGCACCUCCGUUGCUGUGGCGGGCGGCCAUCGGGCCGUCCAUGUACCGCGCGUUGGUGUGGCUGAUUACGGCUUCGCCUUGUGCGCUUAUUCUCGCUACGCCCUUGGUCUAUGUCUCCGGCCUUUCGGUGGCGGCGGCCAAUGGGGUCUUGCUCAAGGGCGGGCGCACCUUGGAUGCCCUGGCGGUUACCAACGGCGUGGCGUUCGACAAGACCGGAACCUUGACGACUGGCACUCCCACCUUGCAGAAGAUCGAGGAGAUUGGGAAGGCCGCGGCCGAGGGCGAGGGCUUGGAGCCAUUGGCCUGCGCAGCGUCGCUGGGCCAGCUCUCCGUGCACCCGGUGUCGCGGGCUGUCACCUCGGCGCUGCCUAAGGACCAGAAGACCUUCGAGGUGCUGGACUUCCAGAUGGUCGCGGGCGCUGGGGUCACUGGCAGCCUCGUGCUGGACGAUGGCGCUCGGGAAGCUGUCAUGGGGCGACCCCAGUUCGUGAGCGAGAAACUCGAAGGUUCCGACGCUGCCCUGGCUGAGGAGCUGCGAGCUCGAGCACAGGAGGUGUCCGAGGGCAGCGUGAUGCUGGCGCUGGGCAUCCCCGAGGCAAACAGGGCUUGGCUGUUCCACCUGGAGGACUGCAUGAAGGAGUCCGCGCCGAGUGUCGUGGCAGAGGUGGCGCGCCGAGGUUCUGUUUACAUGCUGACUGGCGACCGCAAAGCAAACGCGAUGCACGUCACUGACAUGCUUGGGGCUUCUCACUUCGACUCGGUGCAUGCGGACCUGCGACCAGAGGACAAGCUGGCGAAGGUGCAGGAGUUCGACACCCUGCUGCGCGAGAGAGCGAGCCAGACCUCGUGGUCCCGACGCUUGCUCAGAUCGCUGGGCGUCUCCCUAGGGGGCCUGGUCAUGGUCGGCGAUGGCAUCAAUGACGCCCCAUCACUGGCGGCAGCCACUGCUGGCAUUUCCCUUGAGGCCCAGGCAGACGGCGCUUUGCAUAGCAACGCAGUGGAUGGCGGAGACGUCCUGGUGCUGAGACGCUCCGGGGACCCCAGGGGCGACAGCGAGCUGGAGCGAGUCGCAUGGCUCUUGACCCUCGCCAAGAAGGCCCGCAGCAUUGUGAUCCAGAACCUUUGCUUGGCCUUGACCUCGAUCCUCGGCGCGAGCAGCCUUACGCUGGUCACGGGCAUGCCGCUGUGGCUGGGGGUGAUCCUCCACGAGGGCACCACCAUGCUCGUGGGCCUGAACAGCCUGCGCCUCUUCUCGGUGUCCCGCCGCAGGCGCCGAUGAUCUGAGGAGUGUCCUUGAGCCAUGGGCGAGCCAGCGCUUCCUUGGCAAAUCCCAGAGCCGUUUAGACAUGGG